CGAUCGCAUAAUGUUUCAUAGAUGUUAGUUCUAAUAAAGUAACACAAACAACUCAAUCGAAGUUUUAGUUUUGUUUUUAAAAAUAUCGAUGGGUUCGUCGCUUUUGCUCUUACAAGUCGUUUCUAUUUCGAUCACUCUAAGUUUCGCGGCAAGUGUGAUAACGGCUCACGAUGAUCACCACCAUGAUGCAGCUAGCUGUCCAGUACCUUUGAUAACUAACGGCAGGGUCUACGAGAAGCGGCACGGUAAAGCCCAAAUGUUGAAGGUGUUUUGCUCGCCUGCAUUUACAAUCCUGGGAAACGAGCUGCUGACAUGCGUCGAUGGAAGCUGGGAUGCGCCGAUUCCAGAUUGUGCAAAACCAGGAUGUCGGCCUUUCCCUCCGAAUGCGUCUAGAACUAUCGACUAUGGGAAAAUGUCAGCGACAGCGUUCUGUCAGCCGGGUUACCAGCUAGUGGGACCCAGGAAAACUAUCUGCAAUGGUACGAAUUGGAAUCUUCUCAUAGGUGGAUGCCGACCUAGCUCUGGACCAAUUUCGACCAGAUGCGAUUUUGAAGCCGAAGAUUUGUGCGGUUGGACCAACGAAAUGGGUUCCGCUCUCAACUGGACCAGAAGCGCCGGAAUGAAAUCUCGAGGUGAGCUUGUGAGUGGACCCGAAUCAGAUCACACCUCUGGGACACCAUUGCAUGGCCACUUUCUAAAGGUCGAUUCUAGACAACGAUUUACACAGACUACAGCCAGAUUGUUUUCUCCGGUUUAUCCGGCGAAUUACAGCAGCGAUACUUGUUUCCAGUUUUUCUAUCACAUGUUAGGCCAAUACAUCGGAAAGUUGGUGAUUUAUGUUAAACCAUUAUCGACGUCUUUAAAGGAGACAAUCGACAACGAAGGCCAUCAUUUUGGGAUCAGUGGUGAUCAAGGAAACGUCUGGCAAGAAGGCUACUUCGAUGUUCCAUUACAAAAUGAGAGUUUUCAGUUUGUCAUUGAAGCAACCUUGGGUUUGAGAUUCCACAGUGAUAUUGCGAUAGACGAUUUGGCAAUGCUUCAUGGGAACCACUGCAAGGGAAUGGAGGGAGAAGAGCGGUUCUCAAAUGAAGCACAGAUAUUUCUCCUGGAUUCCUGCAAGAACAGAUGUGGAUGGAUUGAUUUGGACGCAUCGAAAGGUGACACCUUGGAGUCACCCAGCUGUAGUUGCGUUGAUUCGUGUCUUGAAAAUGCAACCUGCUGCAGUGAUUAUGUGGAAACAUGUCUAAUGCCACUUUUCUCUAACAAUAUCUAUGAAACGGUUACCAGCAGAGACAAUGCAACUGAACUAACGACACAGAAAAUAAGUUUGACUACUAGUAAAAGCCCAAGGCACAAAAAAAUCCCACCAAAACCAAAUAAUGCAAAAUCAAAUCUGCUAUGGUUCGGGGCAGUACUAUUGGCCCUGGUCAUUGUAACGAUUCUCUGGCGGGUGCGGCACAAAUCGAGAGCCUUGAUAUACUUUUGGAGCAAAAAAACGAUCGUCUGCUAGUAACGAGCGGAACACAAAUGCCAUGAGUGAUUUCAGAUAUCUGGCCAUCGAUCACGAUUUGGAUAUGAACGCCUAAGGUUGGGCUUUGAAAUUUGAAACCUAAAAAAAAACAGAAGCAAAUAAAGGGAAUCUAAAAAUGUAAUCGAUCUUGUAAUUUUCGAUGACGAUAAAUCCAAAAUAUAUUAUUUUAAAAGGAGAGGUUUCAAAUUCAUACUAUAGUCUGUUUCACAUAGAAUCUGGUGGCAUCUUUUCAUUUACUGCAGCGCCCCUAGUUGUCACAUCGCGAAUCUAUUGACAGUUUUUCGAUACAGAUGGUUUGUUUACUUAAUGGUGAAAAUUUCAUCAAGAUUGAAGCAGUCAGUCACGUAGAGAAACCGACGUGGUCAGGGGUAAAGAUCGCGAAAUUCCUGAAAUAUCCAAAAUCGACUUUAAAUUCGGCGCUGCAACGUUACGGGAGACCCUUACGGUGUAUCGAGCAAAACAAACCAGGCGUUAAAGUGGAACAUAUGAUCGGAAGCUGCGAGCAAAGGUAAUUCGAUCAGUUCACAAUAAUCCUGGAAUCUCCUUGCGUAAUUUGGCUCAAAACUUCAAGAUGAACCACAGUACAGCUCGACGAAUUUGUUCGCGAGAAGGCUUGCGGUCGUAUCAUGCAAGCAAACACCCCAACAGGACGCUGAAACAAAACCUGGUUGAAAAAACCAGGGCAAGGAAUUUGUACGAGAAAGUGUUGACCAAGUACAACGGAUGCAUUUUGAUGGACGAUGAAACUUACGUCAAAACGGAUUUUGGACAAAUACCCGGUAACGAAUUUUACCUUGCGAAGCGUAAAGGGAAUGUUGCGGGUAGAUUCAAGUUUGUUUUCGCAGAUAAAUUUGCUCGUAAGUUGAUGAUUUGGCAAGGGAUCUGUAGUUGUGGGAAGAAGACUAAGAUUUUCAUCACUGGGGACACAAUGAAUGGAAAUGUUUACAAAGAAGAAUGUCUCCAGAAGAGGGUUUUGCCAUUCAUUCGGUCCCACAAAGGUCCGGUGAAGUUCUGGCCGGAUCUGGCAAGCUGCCACUACAGCCGGGAUGUCGUUAAGUGGUAUAAGGAGAACAAGAUCGAUUUUGUUGAAAAAAGUACAAUCCACCAAACUGUCCGGAUUUUCGUCCCAUCGAGAAAUAUUGGGCAAUAAUUAAGGGCAAACUGAAGAAAUGUGGCUGAACCGUGAAAAAACCCGCUCAAAUGGAAAAGUGGUGGAACAAGAUGGCGAAUGAGGUUACCAGCAGUACUGUGCAGAAAAUAAU